AAAUGUUUCAUUUAGUUGGACACUGCUCUCUUAAAAGAUUAUACAGGUGUUGGAUGCUAUAGAGACACUACAGAUCGUGCAAUUCCAACACUUGAAGACACAGACUCAGUCUUGGAUGGCGGGGUAUUCUUUUACCGCAGCCGUCAGAACGCAAUUGUCAAGUGCGCUGUCGCAGCUCGCAGAAGGGGUUUCCCUGCCUUUGCACUUCAGGAUGGCGGCUGGUGUGCAGCGAGCGCUAAUGUACUGGAGACGUUUAACAAAUAUGGCAAGAGUAGCGACUGCAAUAAUAAAGGCACAGGAGGUCCUUUUGCAAACAAUGUUUACGUUUUUCAAGAUGAAAUUAACACCGUCAGAGUUUCAGAUCCAAUCGCCUUUUAUCCCUUGAACACCAAGUACACAACACGGGAAAUAAAAAAUCGACAAGCCCAGGGUAACCCUGUUGGUGUUAGCAUGGCGCCAGGGCCUGAUGGCAAGGCCGGUGGCUCGUACCAAUUCACGGGACAAAGCAACAGUUACAUCGAGUUCCCAAACAAUGGAGGGUUAGAUGCUCAACACUCCAUCACCAUGUUAUGUUGGGUGUAUCCUGAGAAUACAGACGGACCAAUUUUCAAUUAUAAGAUAACUGGUGGGCCUUGGGCUGUUCAUUUCUGGAUGCAUUCUGGAAAGCUGUACGGUGUAAUAAGUCAACGAAAUUACCUUAUGAUUCCAGGGUUACGCACGUUUCACGUUCUGGCGUUAAACCAGUGGCAUUAUGUUGGUUUUACCUAUAGUCACAUUACUGGUAUGGCAAAUUUAUGGCUGGAUGACCAACGAGUGGUGCACAGGAAUAUUGGAGCCGGCCUGUCUCUUUCAACUCAAGAUAACGUUAGAAUGGGCGCAUUAGAAAAUGAUGGCCGGUAUUUUAAGGGACGAAUUACAGCCAUGCAGAUUUAUGACGUUGCUUUGACCGAGGAGCAAAUAAACGCAGUGGAAAACGCUGGUCAAGGAAACGACAGGUGCAGUGAGAUGGGCUGGGAGUCCGCCCUCCGUGGACCAGGAUGGGCAAACUGCUCAUUGGGAAGAUACAUAAGUGGAGUGUGGAGGGAAAAUGAUGCUGUCAUUUCUUUACCUGAUGGCAUCGAUAAUAUUAAAAAGGGGCAGUGCUGUAGCUCUCCACACGAAUACAAAGAUGAUACUCCUGUUUGCCAAACACUGGAUUGGAAAACUUCAUUAAGUAGAAACAACAGAUGGGCUUCCUGUCCUGGCGGGUAUUUUCUCCAAGGAAUUUAUCGCUCAAACGAGACUUGGCUUCACAACAUCGAAAAAGCAUUGUGCUGCAGACCCAGAAACUUCAAAAACAUGACCAAGGAUUGCUACGAUGAAAAUGUAAGGAAAUCACUAAAUAAGAAAGGCUGGAGUAAGUGUCGAGACUGGCACUAUAUGAUGGGCGUGUACAAAGGAGACUGUGACAAGCUGAACUGUAUUGACAUGAUUAAAUGCUGCAGGAUGACCCCUCCAGAUAAGGUAGUUUUAAGCUAUUGGUUGCUGAAUGGCCACGACGAAGAUAUAAGUUUAAUUGGAUCUCCGUCCUUCACUGAGGGAAGGUGUCCUGGCAGUAAGGCCCUUUUUUUGAACCAAUCGCAUUCCUACGCCCUUGCACCAAUCAUCAACCUUAACGACAGAAGCUUCACCAUUGCCUGUUGGAUUAAACAAACGAAGUGGGUCUUCGAUGAGUUAGGGGCGAUAUAUGGCGACUGGUAUAAUCCACGGCAGUUUCUGCUAGGCGCGAAAAACCAGAAGAUUGUAUUUCAGCGUUACCAAUCCGAAAAUGAUGAAUUGGAUUUGUGGUCCAUAGAGAGUAGCAAUGUUACUUUGGACACGUGGACCCACGUGGCUGUUACCUGGGACCACGCGACUGGGUUCGUGUUAAUCUACGUUGACGGUAAAGUGAAAGGAGCAAGAUUGUAUCCCGGUAGCUCCGCGUUUGUUCAACCCACAGGUUGGCGUUACCAGAUUGGUAAGGAUGGUCACUGGAACGGUCAUCAGUUCCAUGGUUCAGUGAUGGAUCUUUAUGUCUUUGGUACGGCGCUGUCGCCGGGUCAAAUCAAUAAACUAAGAGGCGUUCCUGCCAUUGUCAACACGACCGAGAUCGUACCAGGGGGCACCGUUGUUGUGGCGUGGGAACCACCCUUUGAAGAAAGCUGUUCAGUUGUCAACUACACUGUGAACUACAGGAAAGUGAUGUCACCAGUUAAGAAAAGCAAAUGGCGCUCCAUUACAGUGAACAGAAAUGUGACCAGUUUUACACUUCAGCUGAAGUGUAAGAAUGAGUAUGAUAUAACAGUUAGCUCAAUGGGUGAAUACUGGCAAAGCGCUUUGAAUGAUAGCAAGAUAUGGAAUUUCAAAACAGAAGGAGGUAUUCCAUCACCUCCUGUUAUAAACAACAAGGAAACAGAAUCGUUGACAUGUGAUGUCAACGUGAUAUGGAGCCCUCCUGCUGACCAUGGGUGUCCGCUGACCAUGUACUCGAUAUACCAUCAACAGAUUCAGGCACCAGAAAUAGGCUGGCACCAAACUAACGUCACUAACGUUAUGGCGACGAACUUUACUGUAACAUUAACAUGCGAAAGGCAGUACGCAAUCGAAAUGUCGGCCUGGAAUGAGCUGGGAGAAAGCGACAGAUCGAGAACAUGGAUAAUGAAAGCAAUGUCAGGUUCUGAUAGAAACGAUGAUACUGCGUCCUCGUCUUCCCCCUUUAUCCCAACAGAAAAAAACUUUGUGAACUCCCCAGGCUAUCAAGGUGGAACAGGUCUUUCGUCUGCUCAGUUAUCUGGCUUAGUUGUAGGACUUGGCUUCCUUCUAAUUAUCAUUUGUAUAGUAGCAUUCUCACUCGGACAGAAAGCUAGGAAAAACAAGCAACGUGCUCGAAACUCACAACCCAUAAGAUCCAAGUCCUCCAUUAUCCCUCUUUGGCAAUGGGAAGUUCUACCCGAGCAGGUUGUCUUUGAGGAAGAGAUUGGUCGUGGGGCAUUUGGUAAAGUGUUAAGAGGCACGUUCAAAGAAUCCCCUGGAAUUGAAGUGUUUUACAAACCCAGAACACAGACCGUCGACUUCAAAGAAGGCCGAACAGUAGCUAUUAAAGUUUUAGGGGACACUACAGACGAGGAAGCCAGGAGCCAGUUUCUUGAGGAAAUUGAAAUCAUGAAAGCUAUCGGUUCACACAAGAAUAUUGUCAGCAUGCUGGGCUGUUGGGUUCACUCCGAUCCCAUCUUUCUAAUGUUAGAGUAUGUUCCAUAUGGAGACCUACAACACUGGCUCAGAAACAAGAGAAUACAGAAAAGCUAUCAAAAGAAUUACUACAACGAAAGAAAUCUCUUGAAUCUGGAUGCUAAUGAUUUGCACUUUAGCAUUGAUGAUGAAUCAAAAGCACUGUUGAUGGGAGAUAAGGAAGAGAGCAAGGAAUUAAUGACCUGCGGAAAACUACCCGUGGAUGGUAUCGACAACAAAGGGUUACACUCCACCUGUUCGACGCUUAACGAUGAGACUGUUACCCAGGAAAACGCGGUAGAGGAAAUCAAACCAGACGAGAAAGAAAGUACGAAGUCCUGUCAAGUCCCACAGAAUACUGACAAUGACGAUAUACAACAGAACGAAGACUUUGUUGCAAAGGACCUUCUUUGUUUUGCGUGGCAAAUAGCACGCGGAAUGGGUUUCUUAUCAAGCAACGGCUUUGUACAUCGAGAUUUGGCGGCUCGUAAUGUUCUUCUUGGCGAGGACAAAGUUGUAAAAAUCUCAGAUUUUGGAUUGAUGCGACAAACCCAAGAAAGCGUUUACAAACUAAAGAAAGGGAAAAAGAUACCGGUCAAAUGGAUGGCACCAGAAGCACUGUACAACAGUGAAUACACCACGAAAAGCGAUGUGUAAGUUUGAUUAGUAAUUUAGCAAAGACGAAAGACCGUAUUUGACCACAU